UCGAAGAAACAGCUUAUGUACAUACUAGGUAAAUACUUACUGGCUAUACUGACCUUGACCAAACGAUUUCUCUGUUGCUUUAGUUAACACUAAGUUUCAACAACCCUUUUAGGGAACAAAUUGACGAUAUCCAUAGGUGGAAUCUUGAAUUAACCAAAAUAAAGUCGAGACAAUCAUUCUGGGCUUCAUUUGUUACAUUAGAACGUUUGUAAGACAGCCGUGAGACAUCUUCCUAAAAAUAGACAGAUGAAGAAAAACUGGAAACCAUUUUUCUUUCUGGGUUGUUUCAAAAGGAAAACAAAAAGGGGAGUCUGUCAGACAGCCAUGAGACCAUCUCAGACCCAAAGAUCAGGUCUAAGAACGAUCAUCUACUGCACCACAGCUCGAGGAAGCCAUGGAUGACUGUUAAUCACGCUCUGAUCGCAUGGCCAUUCUUCAUCAACCAGACUUGAUUUCCUGUCUCCUUAGAAUUCAAGGAUACAGUGGUACGAGCCUAUAGAACAGAUCCUGUUCAAGUAAGGUCGUGCUAUUAGAUUGACGAAUGAAUCCUUAUAAUGCUGGAGCUUAUGUGUUGCCUAUUCGAUGUGGGAGUAAGCAGUGAGAUUUAUGUUUGAUUUACUCUCUAAUCAACUGAAAAAACAAUUAAUAAAUGGAGCUUACUUUUCUAGUUUUUGUUUCUUUAUAGGAAAAAAAUUAACAAUUAUGUACUGCCUUUCGUCCCAAAUUAAAAAUCACGUUAACUCAAAAACGUUGCUACUUUAGGAAUUCAAGACUAAAUUUGAUGAUUAUUUCUAACUAUUCAAGUAAUAUUAAUAAGAAUGCAAGUAUUUAAGAUGGAAAAAUCAGUCUACUUUUACUUUAUUAUUUUUUUAAUUAGCGUAAAAAAAAAAGCAACAAUAUUAUACUGGGGAGAGGGAGUAAUUUGUUUUUUCCCUUGCCAGUUGCAAAAUAUAAAAACUAGAAAUUCCUAUUCCAAGAUACCGAAGGAAACAAAAUUUUCUGCCUAUAAAUUCAGCAGCAACGCCUCAGAGUUUCUCACUUUUUCAUUCAAUCGAAUCAAUCUCCCGUAGAGUCCGCAAAAUGGCCCCAAUCAACGUGACAGAAAUGAAUUCAGAGGAACGCCAGCAAUCAAGAAUAGCAAUGCUCUCAAAGGCGAUAAAAUCAAUAGCAUUCAAGAAACAGCAGAUAACAAAAGAAUUCCAAAAGGGUGAUGAAGUUGAAGUGGCAAUGCAAGAAUAUGGAUUCAUAGGUUCUUACUACACAGCGACUAUUAUUUGUUCCACUGGCGCUUAUUAUUACAGAAUCAAGUACAAAAAUCUGUUGACUGAUGAUGAGUCUGAGCCACUAGAGGAUGUUGUCGCUGCAGCCGAAGUCCGCCCUGUUCCACCUCAUCAACAUGAAACAAUUUCAGAAAACGGAUUCCGUCUAUACGAUAUGGUUGAUGUAUUUGCCAACGAUGGAUGGUGGUUUGGGUUUAUCAGUGGGAAAAUUGGAGAAGAGUACUAUGUCUACUUCCCUACAACUGCAGAUAACAUUGCCUAUCCUUCUGAUGUGUUGAGAUUUCAUCAAGAAUGGUCUAAUGGAAAGUGGAUAUUUCUUCCAAGAUGGGGAAGGAUUUUCGAUUUCCUUAUUGUUUCUCACUUUUUCGUUCAAUUGAAUCAAAUCUUCAUUAUUACUCUCAAUAUGGCCCCAAUCGAAGUGGCAGAAAAUAAUUCAGAGCAACGCCAUCAAUCAAGAAUGGAGAUGCUCUCAGAGGCAAUAAAUUCAAUAGCAUUCAAGAGACAACAGAUAACAAAAGUAUUCCAAAAGGGCGAUGAAGUUGAAGUUGCCAGUCAAAUAUAUGGUUUCGUAGGUUCGUACUACAAUGCAACUAUUGUUUCUUCUGUUGGCGCUUAUCAUUACAGAGUCAAGUACAAGACUCUCUUGACUGAUGAUAAAUCCGCGCCACUGGAAGAGAUGCUCACUGCAGCCGAGAUCCGCCCUCUGCCACCUCAUCAACAUGAGACACUGUCAGAAAACGGAUUCCGUCUGUACGAUAUGGUUGAUGUAUUUGCCAACGAUGGAUGGUGGUUUGGAUUUAUCAGUGGGAAAAUUGGAGAAGAGUACUAUGUCUACUUCCCAACAACUGCGGAUAACAUUGCCUAUCCUUGUGAUGUGUUGAGAUUUCAUCAAGAAUGGUCUAAUGGCAAGUGGAUAUUUCUUCCAAGACAAGGAAAGAUUUUCGACUUGCACUAAUUUUGAUUUACUGGAAUGUGAUAUGCAUGUACUUAAUCUUUCUCCGUUAUGUCAUAUUGAAAAGAAAAAAAAAGAUUCAAGUUUAGCCGCAAAAUUGCUAUAUUUGCUGAUAAAGAUUGAGGAAACAGUCGUUUAAAUGUUUAUACUUUAUAAUUUGCUACUC